UCCAUCAUGCAGCGGUUGGUGUUGUUGGUGCUGGCGUUUGUGUGUGUCCGUGGGGCGCCGGUAGACACAAUGAAGCCCGGCUCUUGUCAGGACGCAUCAGCCUUGAACGCGGCCGGGCUCGCCCUGACCAAGAUCAAUGAAGACCGUACUGAGGGCUACGUUUUCAGCCUGGACCGUCUCAGCAACGUCAACCAGAUGCAGCAUGGUCCGAUGGGAGUGGUUUUCUACUUAACCCUUGAUGUCCUGGAGACAAAAUGCCAUGUCCUCAGCAAGAAGGACUGGAGAAGCUGUGAAGUUGGAACUGAAAUUCCGGUUUAUGGUCAAUGCAAGGCAACAAUCUUCAUCAACAAAGUUAAGAGAGUUGUUCGUCUUUAUCGGUACUCUUGCACUAUCAGACCAGCCCCUGCUUCCAAGAUUAGUUCAGUGUGCCCGGACUGUCCAACUCCGAUCGCUCUGGAUAAUGAAGAAAUCACCAAGACUGUAAAGAUGUCCAUGGAGAAAUUCAACAAAGAGAGUGGACUCUUCAACUACUUUGCUCCUCUGAAUGUCAUCAAAGCGUCUUCUCAGGGAGGCAUCAUGACUGCCUAUUUUGUGGAGUUCCUCAUCCAGGAGACAGUCUGUUCCAACGACACAGAUAUCGCUCAGGCCUCCAAAUGUGAACUGAUGACUUGCGAGUUUGCACACAAGGGACUCUGCAGAGGUUCUCACUCACAUUCUCAUGGCGAGGAAUUCGUCAAUGUGGAGUGUGACAUCUUUGAACCCGAGGCUGCAGAGGUGGAGAAGAAGAGGCAUUUACUUGGAGGAGAGACUGACCACAGUCAUACUUCUACUGUUGAUCUCACUGAGAGUCACGACCACGCCCACGAUCACACACACUCUCACACACAUGCUCACGCUCACGACCACUCACAUGAUCAUGACCACGCCCAUGACCACGCCCACGACCAUUCCCAGGACAAAGGUCACCACCAUACACAUGAGCACGGCGAAGGACAUGGCCGUCCUCACGGCCAUGACCACGCCCACGACCACGCCCACGACCAUGAUCACGUCCACGCCCAUCACGCCAAAGCCCAUGAUCACAGCCAGGACCAAGGUGAGCACCACCAUCACAAGUACGCCCACGGACUCGAUGCCACCCACGAUCACGACCACGAACACGCUCUAGACCACGAACACAAACACAGACACCUCCACGAACAUGAGCACCACCAUCACCAUCACGACCACACCCACGAGCCCCACGUCAAACCCCCUGAAGGUAUGGUCAAGGUCCUGCCCUCUCUAGAUCAGCCCAUGACUCUCCCUUCAUUCCCUGAUGAGCCAGCAGCCUCUGACCCCAACAAGCCCGUUACCCUACCCUUUCUCCCCGACCCCGAGAUUUCCGGAGAGCGAGAGCCAGUCAUCCAGCCCUUCCCCACCACCAGGUCUCCAGAAUGCCCUGCUGAGUCCAAGACUGAGAACGUCCUCAUCAGGGAGCUCUUUGCCCAGGAUCCUCUCUUCAAAUCUGCUCCAGCUGCAUGAGUGGAUCU